CAUCUUUUUGCCAUUGAGGGGGGUGAUAUACCAGACCAACCUCACCUGCCAAACUGCGCAGGUAUCGCGCCGGCCGCGCGUGAUGUGACCGUUUUUUGCAAGGCCCCCCGUCAAGGUCAGCCACGCGGUGCCGACUUUGCCGGGUAGCGCGACAUCGGGGGAAAUACCUGCUCAUACACGCCCUCGAUACGAGGAUGGACGACGAUGAAGAGGCAUCUAUUGGCAAGGCUCAUGACGCUGGCAAAUGGCGAGACGACAGUCAAGACGCCAUGUCCUCGAAGGAGGAAAUCGUGCAGGAGGCCGACGUCAAGAUGGAUCUGCCAAAGGAUGAAAUCGAGAUUGAGAAUGUCAUUGUUCAACCUAGUCUCACCGAUUGGGAUGGGCCAGACGACCCCGAAAACCCGCGCAACUGGACGUAUCGCAAGAAGAUGUACCAUAUGAGCGUGGCAACUGCAAUUGCCUUUCUUUGCCCCUUUGGAUCCUCCGUCUACACACCAGGCCAUGAAGAGGUCGCGAGGAUGUUCGGCGUCUCUGUGGAGAUCGCCCUCCUCCCCUUCACCUUCUACCUGCUCGGCCUCAGCUUCGGCCCCAUCAUUGCAGGCCCGUCGUCCGAAACAUUCGGUCGAAGAGCCGUCUAUGUCUCCGCCUUGCCCGCCAUGGCCGCAUUCACUCUCGGCGCCGGCUUUUCGCAGAACAUCACCGCUCUCACUCUCUGUCGCUUCUUCGCUGGCCUUUUUGCUAGUCCAGGCCUCAGUAUUGGCACAGCGAUGGUGUCUGAUUUUCUCGCGCCGGAGGAACGCGGUGGUCCUGUUGCCGUGUUCAUCACCAUGGUUCAGAUGGGCCCAGUCUUCGGCCCCAUCAUCGGCGGCUACGUCACCGAAGGCGAAAGCUGGCGCUGGACGCAGUGGGUCAUCCUCUUCGGCCUCGUCUUCGCCUUCGCCCUCGCCUGGUUCAUGAACGAGUCCUACAAGACCGUCCUCCUCAAACGUCGCGCCAAGCAGCGCGGCCUCAAUGCUUCCAUCACACCCUCAAAAUCCACCCUGUGGGAUGCCGUCCGAUACUUCCUCACAAAGACCAUCACUCGCCCUAUCUACAUGAUGUGCACCGAGCCCAUUGUUGCAUGCUUCGACAUUUAUAAUGCUUUCAACUUUGGCAUCCUCAAUGCCUUUUUCGCUGCUUUCUCCUGGACUUUCGAAACGGUCUAUGGUUUCGGCAUCGGCGCCACCGGCCUCACCUACCUCGGCCAAGCAGUCGGCAGCAUCGCAGGCCUGAUCAUCAUCCUCGUCGUCUACCGCACCUAUUGGACGCGCGAAUCCCGCAAAGCCAAAGCGGCCGGCAAGGCGAACAUGGCGCCCGAGAAGCGGCUGAUCAUCGCCAAGAUCGGGGCGCCGAUGUUUCCUAUUUCGAUGUUUUGGUUUGGCUGGACCGCGAGACCUGAUAUCCAUUGGAUCUCGCCUGUCAUCGCUGAGGGCUUCUUCAGUUGUGGCAAUCUGCUCAUUUUUGUUUGCACGGGGCUGUAUUUCACGGAUUGCUAUGGUUCGCUGUACUCCGCCUCUGCAUGGUCGUCGUGUACUUUUAUCCGGUACUUGGCGGCGUUUGGAUUUCCGCUCUUCAUCGUGCAGGUGUAUGAAGCAUUGGGUGUCGGCUGGGCCACAUCUUUGCUCGGUUUCGUGGGCGUGGCUCUCAUGCCUGUGCCCUUUGUAUUGCAUCGUUACGGCGAGCGGCUACGACGUCGGAGUAAAUUCAGUUCAGGGGAAUGAGCAUUCAAUCCUGUGUUGCAUUAUUGUUAACUAUAGACU